AUGACAAUACAAGAGAACGAGAUCACGACGGGUCCCAAGGACCUCGGAAUCGUCGAGAAAAAUGCCACGGUCGAGGUUGGUGAGGUCAAGGACCUAAAUAUCAAGAAUGCCGAUUUGGCUAUGGAAGUGGCAUUCCAGUCCUAUGGUAUGGAAAUUGAUGAAGCUACCAACAGAAAGAUCCUUAGAAAAAUUGAUCUUUAUGUAUGUGGUCUCAUGGGUAUUGUAUAUGCUGUGCAAUAUUUAGAUAAGAUUACCAACAGUUUCGCGUCCAUUAUGGGACUACGAACUGACCUCCAUAUUAGUGGAUCACAAUAUAGUUGGGUUGGUUCCGCUUUUUACCUUGCCUAUUUGGUUUUCGAGUUCCCGGCCUCUUAUUCUUUACAAAGAUUUCCGAUUGCCAAAACCGUAGGCGCUUUUAUUAUCGCCUGGGGGUUUGUUUUGUGUAUGACUGCACUGCCCAAGAACUACGGCGGCUUCAUUACCACCCGUAUCUUUCUCGGUAUGCUGGAGAGUGCUGUUACUCCAGCUUUCGUCUUGAUUACGUCUCAAUGGUACAAGUCAGAAGAGCAGUUCACACGCAUGUCUUUCUGGAGUGGUUGUAAUGGACUGGGUUCUAUUAUCGGUUCAUUGACUGCGUACGGUCUGGCUAAGAGACAAGAAGCCGGAACUCUCCCAAUCCCUGGAUGGAGAUUGCUGUUUGUUAUUGUGGGAGUUAUUACUAUCGCUCUCGGAAUUGUAUUUAUUUUGGUCAUUCCAGAUGUCCCUACAAAGGCAUGGUUUUUAACUAAAGAGGAAAAGCUUUUGGUAGUCGAGAGAAUCAGAACUAACAAGCAAGGUUUUGGUAACAGAAAUUUUAAGAUGGAUCAAGUUAAGGAGGCAUUCACAGAUAUGCGUUUAUACUUGAACUUCGUAGUAAUGAUUCUUAUCGAAAUUCCUAAUGGAGGAAUGACCAAUUUCCAAAGUAAGUUUUGCUUGUAUUUUAAACGAAAACGAAAUCUGAAGAAAAGAAAGAUUGAUAAAAAUAGGGAAUUUACUAACAUUUUUCUAGGUAUUCUUCUGACUGGUCUUGGAUAUGACACUUUGGGAGCUUUAAAAAUGAGUGCUCCUCAGGGUGCUGUAGAGUUUGUGGGACUUAUAUUAGUCGGUCUACUAGUUAGUAGAUUUCAGCACAGAAUGUUCAUUGCAGUGCUUGGAACUCUUAUAAACAUCGUGACAGGCUGUUUGCUAGCUUUCCCAAAAAGCCACAAGGCUCAACUUGUUGGAUAUUUCCUUUUUGGCUUAUCUCCAAUAUGUUUUAUCUGCUAUCUGAGUUGUAUCUCCUCGAACACUGCUGGCCAUACUAAAAAGGUCAUUUUCAGUGCUACUACGUUGAUUGGAUAUUGUGUGGGAAACCUGAUUGGACCACAAACUUUUAUUGCGACCCAGGCCCCAACCUAUACAUCAGCUAAAAUCGCCAUCGUAGUCUGCUACAGCUUAAGUCUGGUUAUUAUCGGCUUGACAUACUAUCUCAAUAGUAGAGCCAACAAGAUAAGGGAUGAGAAGAAUGAACGACUUCCCGCUGAUUUCGUGAACGCUGAGUUUGCAGAUCUCACUGAUUUCCAAAACCCUGAAUUCCGAUAUGCCCUUUAA